UCCCACACGUACAUUCACUCUCCCGAAUCAAAAAUCCCCAAUUUCACUCUCCCAAGCCCAAACCCACAGAAUCGAAAACCCUCCCCACGCCUCACCAUCUCCGACAUCACCCCAGACGACGGCACCGUCGACGAUCCGAUAGGGCGUGUCGAAGGUUUGGCUGCCUCCCGCUUUACGUUUUUUUACCACACUUCGAACGAAGAUUGUCGCCACUCCGGGAGCACAUCCAUCCAACUUUCUCCUGUUGAUAUAUUGGAAACGAGAUAACUAUAUGCACUGGGGUUUAAGUGUAGAAUGGAAGGGAGGAAUACUGAAAUAUGCCAUAGUUGUACCAAAAGUAUUCUCCCAUCAAUGAUUACAGAAUAUCACGAUUUCAAUAGUAACAUCAGUAUGCCUUACCAUUGAUGGAGUAUACUUUUGGUAGAAAUCUACUUAAAAGAAGAGGAAGAUAAGCAUGAAUCCGCCAGCAGAAGAUAUGGAGAUUAGACGAGAUAAAAUUGGAGAAGAAAAGGAAGGAGGUCCCUCGUUCCACUGUGAUCUUUACGAUACUGAUUUAGUUCACAAAAUAGCAGAGGCAUUACUCCCUGGUCUGGCUUCUGCCUGUGUUGACAACACAACUGGCGGCCUCUCAAAGAGCCCUGCUUCAGUGGCUGUUGACAUCAGAAGAGAAAUGGUGGACUAUCUGGUCCAAAGAAGUGAACAUUUUGUGGCAGAAUCUGUGGUGCUAGAAGGUGGUCCAGCUGCCGAAGUUUCUGAAAACCCUUUUGAUACUAUUUCAGAUUUUGUUGAUGAUUUUGCAAGUUCAAAGAGGAAUUUUUUUAGUCGGGUUUCGGGCUGGGUACUAAGUGAAAGAAGAGAAGACAGGAUAGAUGAUUUAGUUCAAGAAAUGGAAAUAAAUGGUUUUUGGUUGUUAAAUAGGAGGGAAUCAGUUGCACAGAUGCUGCUAAAGAACAUUGACUUCAAAAACAUAUUUCACUGUGGCAUGAAGUUUAAGUCUUUAGAAGAGCUAGAAGAGCAUAAAUCGCAGUGCACUUUUAGGACCAUGACCUGCUACACCGAAGGUUGCGAUGCUACAUUUAGUGCAGCUCAAAUGGACCAUCAUGAUUCGAUAUGCCCUUUUAAAAUACUUCCAUGUGAGCAGAACUGUUCGGAUCACAUCAUGAGGCGCGAGAUGGACAGGCAUUGCAUUACUGUUUGUCCAAUGAAGCUUGUGAAGUGCCCUUUCUAUUCCGUAGGUUGCCAGUCUACUGUUCAUCACGUUAAAAUGGAUCAACAUCGGUCUGAGAAUCUCCCCUCUCACUUGCUGUACAUUCUUCAAGUUAUUCACAAGGAAGCAUCACCAGACGAUCUGAAAGGAAGGGUGGAAGAACUAGAAAAGCUAUCAUCUCCUGGGAAACUAGCAGAAUCUCGUGAUGCAAGAUCUUUAUCAGUUUUGGUUAAGGAUCUUGAAGCAAAGCUUAGACCUCUGAAAGUUGACCCAAAGCCAAAUUCCAGCAAAGAGGUCACAGGUUUGACUGACCGAAAACAGGAGAGCCCAGGCUUGCCCAUCAAUGAGGAUGGCUCCACGCAGUCUCCAAGCAAAAAGGAAGAGUCAUCCCACCAGAAGAAGUCACUAGAGUCACCUGCUCAUAUAAACGAGCAAUUGGAGUCACAACUUGAGAAGGAAAAAAAUGUCAAUUCUCCUGUGGACUCUUUCGCAAGAAAGGAUAAGUCAGUAGAGUCACCUACUUAUAUGAACGAGAAAUUGGAGUCGAAAGUUGAGAAGGAAGAACUCAAGGAAGAUAGUGUUAAGGCGGAAUCUUCCCUCGAAAAGGAUAAAUCAGUAGGGUCACCUGCUUAUACAAAUGAGCAAAUAGGAUCACAACUUAAAAAGGAAGAGUGCAUUGCAUUGGUACCAGUGGAAGAGAACUCGAAAGAAUCACCCGUUCAAAGAGAAGGCGGCCUAAGCUCACCAACCAAAGUCGAAGCAAAGGUAGAGAAAUUAUCCGAGAGAUUGGUUGAAUCACCCAUCAAAGAGGAACUUGCAGCAUCGCCAAAGAAAAAGGAAGAGCGCCAGUGAAUUGCUGAUGCUUAAUUUUAUUUAUUUAUUUUCAAUUCUUUUAUAAAUGGAAAAUUGACGAUAUUUUGUCCCAUGACCUCUAUGAUCUAACAUUAUUUUAUUCUCUCUUUUAAACCCUCAUGGUUCUUGAUUUAUAGUCUGAAAUGCAACAGUCUGCAUUAUCUAUUG